AUGUUUUCAAAAGCAAUUAUUGUUUUCGCCGCCUUAGUUUCGUGCCAAGGUGAUUAUCUUAGAAAUAAGGAAGCAGUAGGACAAUCUAUCGAUCUAUUCCGAGAAGCUUCAAACAAAGCAAUGAUCGAAGGUUCCCAAAAACUGAAUCAGUUGGUUGUUAAAAUCAACAUUUCUUCCACCGCAGUUGAAGAGAAAAAACUUAAAAAACUGGAUAAAUCUAUUAUUUUAGCUAUAAAGAAGAUUGAUAUUUUAGAAGAAGAUGCCAGCAAUGAGGGAAUUGAUAUUUCCGAAUGCGCUAAACAUGCAAGAGCAGAUCUUGCAACUUUAUUGGUUCAUCUUAACAAAGCAGUUAAGGAUUGCGGAUCUAAAGCACGCAAGGAAAGUAAUAAAAUGGUAAAUGAGAUUCUUGACUCUUCUGGAAGCGAAGCUUAUUACAAACGCGAAGGUUUCUCUAGUCAAAUGAGUGCUUGCAUGAAACAAGAAAACGAAUUGUGCUUGAAUAAUCUUUUGGCUGUAGUUAGUGAAAAUGUCAAAGAAUUUCCGAAAGAGCUUAAAAAACGCUUCAAUAUAACUGUAACUUCUUUGAAUGAUGUAGAAAAAGACAUGGAUAAAUGCGUUGACAACGUUGAUAAUGACGCAUCAAAAUUAAUAGAAAGUAUCGUAAUCAAAAUGUCUGAAUGCUUCAAAUCCAGAAAGGAAUGGUUAAAAAUAAAUCAUUAA